AUGAACAGGAGCAGACAGGCCCAAACCCAACCAACGUACGAUUUUCUCGCUGAAAACUCUCCACCCCAGAUGCCUAGAACGCCAUUACGAAGAAGUACUCGAGCUAGCGAUUCAGCGGUUAAGCCAGAUGUUGGGAACGAAGAACUACGCGUGCAAAUCAGCACGUUGAAAUACGAUCUUGAAAACAUCAAACAGGAAAGAGAUCUUACUGCGCUGCAACAUGAGAAAGAGCUAAGGGAGCUGCAGGCCAGGGCCGACGCGGAUUUCCGAAGGGCACAAGCUGCUGAGACCAGCAAUAAUAAAACGCAACAUAAGAUCGAAUCACUCACUGAAGAGCUGAAAAGUACACAAGAGGCAGCGAUUAGCGAGAAGUCGUCCUGGGAAAGGAGGCUGAGAUCGUUGCAGGACGAAAAUGAAACUCUACGUGAGGAAUCAAAUGAUUACCAGUCGCAACUAGCUGACCAGCAACGUCAGUACAAACACCAGAUUGACGAGCUGGAAGCUAUCAGAUCUGCCCUGCAAAAGUCCCUGGAUGAGCUACGGAAUGAGCUUGAAGAGGUCACCGGUAACUUACAAACGGCACAGGAAAGGCUGGAAGGACGAGAAUCAGAAGUUGAAGCGCUGGAAGCAGAAAAUAUCCGGUUAAAGGCUGAGGGGACGGAUCCCGAAGCACUCAACGUUUUGAAAAGGGAAUUAUCGGAACAGCUGGCGCAAGUGAGAAGGCUUGAGAAUGAGCUCAGGCCACUCCAAAAGUCCCAGAAAAGAGUGGAGGUCGUUGAGGAGCAGAAAAUGGCGCUCGAGAGCCAACUCCAGAUGAUGAAGAGUGUCGAGGCGGAGCUACAUAAUACACAAAUUCGAAAUCAAGUACUAGAAGAUGAGAAACGUUCCUGGGAUACCUUAUUGCAAGGACCAGGCCAUGAGGCGGAGUUUGAUUCUCCCGAAUCUAUCGUCCGAGCUCUUGUCCAGACCAGGAUUGAAAAUGCAUCUUUAGUAGAAAGAAUCGGACACAUCCAAUCUGAGGCUACAGAGAAGUCUGAACUAGCUGCUCGACUGGAAGACGAGAAACAUUCUCUGCAAAAGGAGCUUGAAAAGGCACGCGCAAGUGGUGCAGCUAAUGCCACCUCUUCGUCUUCGUCAGGCUCCGAGAGCCGAGCUAGACUGCGGCUAGAACGUCAGCGAACACUUGCAUUAAAAGAGGUGGAAUAUCUACGAGCUCAACUUAAGGCGUUUGACGACGAGGAGACGACUAUGAACGUCGAAGAGAAUCGUUUUGAUUCCCAAAAAUCUGAGCAUAUUGCGCGUUUAGAAGACCUCUUAACUCAACACCGCCAGGAGCUCCAUGAGUUACAUGAACAACUAUCAAAGCGAGAAGCAGAGGUAACACCUACUCCCGAUUCUGCAGCAUCCGCUACCACGACUCGAGGAAUAAAACGACCGCUUUCCCCUGCAGAUAGUGACGCAGAGAGCGAAAGGAUUGCAGUCCUUACCCGCAAGUACCGUGCCGCUCAAGAAUCGUUUUCUAAAUCAGAGCAAUCGGUCAAAAUGCUUACAAAGGAACUUGAAGCUACCAAGUCUCAUCUCUCUUCUCUCCAGGCGCAAUCCCGGACUCGAAUACUAGAAUUCCGUGAUAACCCCACUGCACAAGCAGAGAAGAUUAAAAUGACUACCCUGAAGACUCUCAAGGCAGAGAACGUUGACCUGCUCAACCAAAUACGUGGUUCUCGCGCAAAUAUCAAAUCAGUUCCAGCUUCCGUACUUGAAAGUAUGAAGCUCGAGCUCAAAGAAGCUGAGAAGGCAGUUGCCGAGAAAGAUAAACGUAUCCGCCGGCUCAAGGAAAUAUGGACCGCCAAAUCUUCUGAGUUCCGAGAAGCCGUUGCAUCUAUACUAGGGUAUAAGCUGGACUUUAUGCCUAAUGGCCGGGUGCGGGUGACGUCUAUGUUCCAUCUAUCCCCGGCCUACAGACACGGUGAUGCAGGUGGCUCUGCCGAUGGGCCUGGGAGUAUGGGGGACGGCGAGGAGAACUCAAUCAUCUUUGAUGGCGAAAAUGGAACUAUGAAGAUAUCCGGUGGCCCAAACAGCUUGUUUGCGCUAGAGAUCCGUGAUCUGAUUAAAUUCUGGGUUGAGGAGAGGAAAGAUAUCCCUUGUUUCCUAGCUGCGAUGACCUUGGAAUUUUACGAUAAAACGACAAGAGCUUUACGGAUGUAA